AUGUCAGAAAUAAAAAUUAGCAAAGAAGUAAACAAAAUAAAAGAGGAAAUUAAAAGUUUAAAUCUUGGACAAAUAAGCGAAUUAAUAGAUGGCUUAAAAGAGGAUUAUAAUAUUCAAGAACAAGUGGCAAUUCAAUCAACCGCAACCCAAACAGAAGAAAAAGUUGAAGAAAAAGGAAAAGUUUCUGUCCAGGAAGCGGUGAAGGAUUUAAAAGGAGAAGACAUAAACAUCGUUAGAGCCAAAAAACUUACCGAGGAAGGAGAAAAAAUUAUUUUGGCCGAUAUUCCUCGAGAUAAAGCUGAAGAAUUCCAAAAAAAAAUGAAAGAAAAAGGAGCUAAACAAAAAUUAUCCUAUCACAACUUUCUCUACGAAAAACUACCAAAACUACUAAAUUUUUACUUUCCGGCUGAAUCCAACGAUUAUAACAACAAUAUUAAAAUAAAAAUUGAAGAAAUUGAAUGCCACGAACCAGAGAUUAGUGAAGAAGAAGCAAAAGCUAAACAAAAACAAAAAGUAGAUUUCUGCAAUUUACCAAAAAUAAAUCCCCAAGGAACUUUCAUUAUUAACGGUCACGAAAAAGUGGUAGUUCUCCAAUCAGUAAGAGCUCCAACCAUUUAUCAUUUCGUCACCGAAAAAAGCGACAGUUUUUACAGCGAAAUUAUCCCCUUUAAAGACAUCCUAAAAACCUUUGCUGUUAACUCAGAACUUUUGGAACAUUUUUUUAAUCCAGAAGAUUUAAAUCUUGAAGAUUACUCAGCAACUAAACCACUAGAGACAGGAGAAAAUCUACCGCAUUUUCUAUUUACCAAGCGAAACUCUUAUUUUGAUAUCGGAAAACUAGGAAGGAGAAAAUUUAACCAAAAAAUAGAUAUUUUUCAAUAUUUACCUGGUCAAACCUUAGCCGAAGAUUUACUUGAUAAAAACGGAAAAUUGAUUUUAAAAAAAAACACCAUCUUAGAAGGCGAAAAAUUACAACUGCUCCAACAAAGUUUCCAAAACAAAAAAUUAGUCGGUUUUACAGUUCCUCAUUCUAAUCACGACUUAUAUGUAGUGAAAAUACAAUCACCAAAGGACAAAAAAAUUGCUUUGCCUUUAAUUAGCACGGAAAAAAUUUCUCCAGAAGAAAAAACUUAUUUUGAUUUAGCUGAUCUAAUUUGUGCUGUUUCCAGUCAUAUUAACCUAUAUUAUGGCUUAGGUAAAAUUGAAAAAGAAGAAGAAAAAGACAAAUUAGAAAACCAGAUUGUUCGUCGCGUAGGGGACUUAGUUUAUAAUAUAUUUAAUGAUAAAUUAGGAGGGUUUUUACAAGUCAUUGAUAACAAAUACUUAUCUAAUAUUUCUCAACUAAAGAAAGCCGACUUAAUAAAAAUUCCUGGCUUAACAAAAAAUUAUAAAACAAACUUAAACGAUUUCGAUAACUAUGUUCGCCAUUUCUUCAAUAAUUCAGCAUUAGUUCAAUUGCAAAAUCAAAACAAUCCCUUAGCUAGAGCUUCCUAUUCAAAAAAACUUAGCGUUUUAGGUCGAGGAGGAUUUAAGUCAGCUAAUACUACCUUAGAAGCUCGUAACAUUAAUCCUUCUUAUUGUGGUCGUUAUGAUUUAGUAGAAACCCCAGAAGGACAAAGGGUUGGCCUUGUCCACAAUCUAACUAUUAGUGCAGAAAUAAACGACGAGGGGCAAGUGGCGACUUCUUAUUACCUUGUCAAGGAAGGCAUAAUAACCGACCAAUUGGUCUACUUAACCAGCGAAGAAGAAGGAGAACAAUAUGUAACUCACCCUAACAUAAAAAUUAGUGAAAAAAAUGAAAUUCUUGACGCACUUGUGCCCGUUGUAUACCAAGGAAAUUUCUCACUAAUACCGAAAGAAAAAGUAAAUUACAUUUAUAGUUCUUUUCAUCACCUUAAUUCACUAACCACUGCUGCAAUUCCUUUUUUUUCUCAUAAUGAUGCGACAAGAAUACUAAUGGCAGCAAACAUGCAAAGGCAAGCUCUUCCUCUACUUGUAAAUCAAGAACCGUUAGUAGCAAGUGGGAUAGAAGCGAGUCUCCUCAAAAAUUCUCCUUUAGCAAUUAACGCUGAAGAAAAAGGGGAAGUAGAAUAUGUAGAUAGCCAAAAAAUCAUCAUCAAAGAAACUAAUAAAAAAGAAAAAGUCUAUAAAUUAAAGCAAUUAGUUGCCUCCAACAAAAAUACGCUUGACUCAUCUUUUCCCCUAGUAAAAAAAGGUGAUAAAGUUGAAAAAGGACAAAUCAUUGCUUGCGAUAAGUGUUUUAAAAACAAAGAAUUAGCACUUGGUUAUAAUCUUCGGGUAGCUUAUUUGUGUUUGGGAGGAUACAAUUAUGAAGAUGCUAUUAUAGUUAACGAAAACUUAAUUAAAAAGGACAUCCUUACUUCGUUUUUUGUUAAGAAACAUACUAUUAUCCGCCGUAACACUAAACACGGGCCGGAAAUUUUUACUUCCUCUUUUCCCCAUCACUCUGAAAAAAAACAAUUUCCGCACUUAGGAAAAGAUGGAAUAGUAAAAAUUGGUAGUAAAGUAAAAGGAAAUGACAUUUUAGUUGGUAAACUAACGCCCGAUCCAAGGCUUCGCCAAGAAACCGAAGAAGAAUUAUUAUUAAUGAGCAUUUUGGGAGAAAAAGCACAAAAGUUUAUUAAUUCAUCACUUCACUUGCCCCAUGGCGAAGAAGGAAUAGCAGGGGAUAAACUCACUACCCGCUUCGGAAGUAAAGGAGUAGUAGGUAAAAUCGUUCCUGAAGUUGACAUGCCUUAUGAUAAAGAAGGAAAAACUUUUGACAUAAUUUUAAACCCGCUUGGUAUUCCAACUCGAAUGAACAUUGGGCAACUUUUAGAAACAAUCCUUUCCUUAGCGGCCUAUAAAACUAACACUAAAUUCCUUGUACGACCCUUUAAUAAUAUAUCCUUAGAGACAAUCAAAGAAAUUAUUUCAGAAGCUAAAAUAAAAAACUUUGGGCUUCAAAAACUAUUUGAUGGUAAAACUGGUCUGCCUUUUCAACAACCGGUUUUUUGCGGCUUUAUCUAUACUUUUGCACUAAAUCAUAAAGUAACAGAUAAAAUUCAUGCUCGCGGUGCUGGACCUGAAUUUCCUUAUUCGUUAAUUUAUCAACAGCCCCUAAAAGGACGAGCACAAAAUGGAGGGCAGAGAGCUCACGGAGCUCCGUAUAAUUUAAUGGAAAUGAUGGGUCCUAAAUCAGAUGAUAUUCACAAACGCCGCCUAAUACAAAAUGAAUUACUUUUUGGCGAUCGCCAAACCGAUCUUCGCAGUAGUCAAAACGAAUCCUUUAAUCUUUUGAUUCAAUACUUACGUGGUAUUGGAUUUGAUCUCACUGCUACCGACAACCAAGAGAAAAAUAUGACAGUAAUAAAAUCUGUAAAAAUAACUUGGCUUUCACCCCGAAAAAUUGAACAACUUUCCUUUGGUAAAAUAACUAAUCAUAAAACAAUAAAUACUAGAACUCUUAAACCAGAACUAGGCGGUCUCUUUGAUCCUCGCAUUUUCGGUCCAUUUCUGAAUUAUGAGUGCUACUGCGGUAAAUAUAAAGGAAAACAAAACAAGGGGCAAAAAUUAACUAAUAUUUUAAUCUUUAAAAAUUUGGCCACUAAUUUAAGUAAAUUAUUAAAAAUUUCAACUAAAAAUUUGGAAAACAUCAUUUACUUUCAAAAUUACGUAGUAAUUGACAAUGAGAUCACUGAAGACAAAAACUUGGAAAAAAAUGUUAUUAAUCAAGCUAAAAAACUAAUUGAAAAAAUCAGUGAAAAAGAAAAAAAUCAAGAAUUAGAAAUAAAUACAGUAUUUUUGGAAGACUAUCUAGCUUUUAUAGAAAAACAUCGACAAGUAAAAAUUGGAAUUGGUACAGAAGCUUUUCAACGAUUAUUGAAAGAAAUUAAUAUAGAGGAAGAAUUAGCAAAAACCAAAGAAGUUAAUAAAAAAGGAAUAUUGAAAGGCAAAAAUGAAAGUAUAAAAUUUCUCGAAGUAACUAAACUAGCAAACGAAGAAACUAUUGCUACAAGUAGAGAUAACAAAUCUUACCAAAAAGUGAUUUUUAUUAACGAACGAUUAAACUAUUAUCUUGAACUGAACAAAAAACUUAAAGUUUUUUUCAGUGAAAUUAUUCAUAAUGAAAAAAAAAGAUUACAAAAAGCAGUAGAUCAUUUAAUACAUGGAUCUACCAACAAACGGAAUGAUAGUAAAAGUUUAUCACAAAGCUUGAGUGGUAAAGAAGGAAUACUACGUCGUCAUUCGCUAGGAAAAAGAGUAGAUUAUUCAGCACGUUCAGUGAUUAUUCCUAAUCCUAGUCUUUCCCUUGACCAAGUCGGAUUGCCAAUAACCAUAGCAUUGACUCUUUUUAAACCAUUUAUUAUCCAAAAAAUAUUAAAAGAAAAAAACGUCUUCACUUUAAAAGAAGCUGAACAAAUGAUAUCCCGAGAAGAUCCGAUUGUUUUUUCUUCCCUGAGCAAAAUUAUCCAAAACCAUCCUAUAUUAAUUAAUCGCGCUCCUAGUUUGCAUCGUCUAAGUAUUCAAGGUUUUUAUCCAAAACUAACUCUCGACAAAGCUAUUGGACUUCAUCCAAAAAUAACUAUUCCCCUAAAUGCUGACUUUGAUGGAGACCAAACUGCUGUCCAUUUGCCAUUAACUAAAAAAGCUCGUGAGGAAGUUAAGGAUUGCGUCUUAUCUCCUCAUCACAUUCUUGAUCCAAAAAACGGUCAAUUAAUAACUAUUCCUUCCCAAGACAUGAUUUUAGGAAAAUUAAUUUUCAAUCAAAUCUUGCCAUCGACCUUUUCUUUCUAUAUCAAUGAUCUAAGAAAUUAUAACGAAGAAGAAGGAGAAUGA